AUGACAGAAUUAGAACCGUUAUUGGCUUCUCGUCGGUACCCAUUACCGCGGAUAACUUUGAAGUUAUUAACGACUACACUUGUUGCUUGUUUGGGAUCGUUUCAAUUUGGAUACCACAUGGCGGAACUGAAUGCGCCUCAAGAAGCUGUCAUGUGCCAUUUGCCGUUAGAUCCGUCAUAUAGAGAUACUUGGUUUGGAAGGCAUGGUUGGAAGCAGUGCAUACAUUUGGAGGAGUCGCAGUAUGGAUUAGUUACUUCGAUAUUUUCUAUUGGUGGCUUGAUCGGUUCUUUGUAUGCGGGGCCGUUGGCAGAUCGAUAUGGACGGAGAAAUACAUCAUUUGGAAACUGUGUGCUUGGUGGGUUGGGAUCUUUGAUGCUAUUCUUCAGCAAUUCUUAUGUUGAGCUUCUGGCAGGCCGCUUCAUAGCCGGAGUAGCAUCUGGAAGCAACAUUGUUGUAACACCUCUUUUGAUCAACGAGGUUGCCCCUAAUGCUUGGAAAGGGGCUCUUGGAUCUUUAAACCAAGUUUCUAUCAACUUGGGGAUUCUGCUGACUCAGCUGUUGGCGUUUUUCUGGGCGAACACUCUGUAUUGGCGUUGGUUACUUUUUAUGGCAGCAGCUAUUGCUGGAAUUAAUUAUGGGUUACUAUUUAUGAUUGAAGAGUCACCCAAGUGGCUUAUGGCAUGUGGCCACGAGCCACAGGCUGCGUUAGUGUUGGCUAGGCUGCGCGGAGUAUCCCACGACCAGGCACGCUUAGAAACAAACGCUUGGGAGCAGGCUCGAGAACAGGAAGUGUCAGGUUCCACUACAGGCCCAUCUUUGUUAGAGUAUGUCAUCUCAAAACUCUACGCCCGUCCGCGGACUGUAAUAGCAGUCAUUCUGAUGGGUCAGCAGUUGUGUGGCAUCAACGCCAUCAUAUUCUAUGGCGUUCAUGUCAUCGGUCAAGCUUUACCGGACUAUGCAAUUCUAGUCAACUUUAUUAUAUCUGUAUUAAACGUCGGUGUUACAUGCGCAGCCGCGUUAGUUGUUGAUCGAUGUGGAAGGAAACCACUACUCAUUCUUUCCAGCGGCGCGAUGGCUGCUGCCUCCCUCCUCAUCUCCACGGGCAUACUCUCACACAAACCUCCGUUGCUGGUGUUCUCCAUCUUCAUGUACAUAGCCGUCUUUGCCUUGGGCAUGGGUCCGAUACCGUUCCUGUUUAUUUCUGAAUUAUCCAGCCUUGCAACUGUCGGUGUAGCUCAGAGCUUUGGUAUAACCUUGAAUUGGUUGGCUACGUUCAUCGUGGGUUUUGGGUUUCCUAUCCUGAACCAGAUAAUUGGGGGCUACGUGUUCGUGAUUUUCGCCGCAGUCGCUCUUCUACUCUCUGUCUACGUAUGGCUAUGUGUCCCAGAGACUAACGGUAAACAUACCUACCAGGAGAUAUGGGCACAUCCUGUUAGAAAUAACUAA